AUGCCUGAUCCGAGGGGAACGCAAUUAAAAGUUAAUGUUAACCCAGAGACCAUAUACGACAUUCUUGAGCGGAUCGGAAGAGGCUCUUUCGGCGAAGUUUAUAAGGGUGUGGACAGGAAAACGAGAGAAGUUGUAGCUAUCAAGCUUAUUGACUUGGAAGCUGCUGAGGAUGAAAUCGAGGAUAUACAACAGGAGAUUAAAGUUUUGUCUCAAUGCAACAGUCCGUAUAUCACGAAGUACCAUGGUUCUUACCUGAAGGACACUACUCUGUGGAUCGUGAUGGAGUAUCUGGGCGGUGGAUCUGCACUGGAUUUGAUGAAACCGGGGCCUAUACCUGAAGUUCAUAUAUCUACCAUUCUGAGGGAGAUACUAAAAGGAUUAGAUUACCUACAUAGUCAAAGUAAAAUCCACAGGGAUAUAAAAGCUGCUAAUGUACUGCUUUCCUACAGUGGUGAUGUAAAGUUGGCCGAUUUUGGUGUCGCUGGUCAAUUAAGUUCAACCAUAACUAAACGUGGUACCUUUGUUGGAACCCCAUUUUGGAUGGCUCCAGAAUUGAUUCAGCGAUAUGCAUAUGAUUUUAAGGUGGAUAUAUGGUCUACGGGAAUUACAGCCAUUGAAUUAGCUAAAGGUGAACCACCUAACGCUGACUUACAUCCAAUACGUGUUCUCAUGCUUAUUCCAAAGAACCCUUCUCCUCAGUUGACUGGUGACUUUAGUAAGGUAUUCAAAGAUUUUGUAGAUUGCUGCUUGACUAAAGUUCCCGAAAAUAGGCCAACUGCACAUGAAUUAUUGCGUCACAGUUUUAUUAAAAAAGCUCGUAAAACAGCUUUUCUGCAAGAGUUAAUUGAACGCUAUCGGAAAUGGCGUGAUGAAGGUGGAGAUGAUGAUGCAGAUGGUGAAUCUGACGAUGAUGGCCUUGUUCCGGACGAAGACGAUCUUGUAAAUGCUAAUUCGAAUACCUCUGGUGGGGCCGAGAAACCUUGUCAAACGAAGAAACAUUUUGAUGGCAUGAAACCAGGAAAAGCAUCUGAUACAUUCAAGUGGAAUUUCGAAACAGUUCGUGCUAUGCCAUCACAGUCUGCACCAGUUUCCCAUAAUUCAGCUUCGGCUUAUUCUUCUCCUGAUGUUCCUACCACUCAAUCCAAUACCCAUAUCCACCAUUCUUCUUCAUCGUCACCAUCCAGUUCAGAUGUCCAGUCUGUGAUCAAGCGAUCAACUGGUGGUCCUUCACUUGAAACUGAACGACGUCUCUCUGAUGGAUAUGAUUCACGUGCUGCAAACUCUGCAGUAGGAGGACCUCUUCAUUCGGGGAUUCAAGCUUCACAGAUUGGUUUAUGUACAUCAGAUGAAAAUUUACGUGUCCAUAUACCACGUCCAGCGGUGAAUCCAAAUCCAAAUACCACUGGUCCUAAUGCAUCUCCUGGCCCCACUAGUAUUCCAAUUAUCCGACCACAACCUAUUCAACCUGUUACCAGAGUUAUGGCAGGUGAUAUGCCUCACCCUCGUCAAGUUUAUGUUGGUGAUCCUGGCCACUCUAAAUUAGUCAACUCAAAAAAUAUUUCUACGUCAGCUAAUAACAGACCUCAACAUAGUCAAUCACCACCAUCUGGUGUAAAUUUGAAUAAACCGUCACUUUUUCACCAUCACGUUUUACCUUUGCUUCAGGAUCUUCAAGCUGUUUACAGUCAGGUCACUAGUGGGGCUUCAGAUCCGAUCUCGAAUUUGGCGGCCACUUUCCAGGCAGUUGAUGCUGCUUCACCUCAGUAUACAAGUGAAUUCUUAGUGGAGUUAUUAACCCGUAUAUUGGAUAGUAAUCCACGAUUAUCUGCCAAUGUUAGGCGUCGUGUAUUAGAUCGCUUACGCAUGAAUUCAUCCGACUCUUAA